GUCUAUAGAUAACUGUUUGGCUUGACAGAAUUUCAAUAGAAAAGAAACUUGGACGAACAAACUAGAAUCAAGAAUGCGGAAGUUGAAAGUACUGCAACCAAUUUGUAAAAAUCGGGAAGCCAUUAAAGCAAAAUGUCAUGAUUUGCUCAAUAUUUUGCAAUCUAAGAUCACUCACAAACUCUCCUCUCCCUGCUUUCAAAAUAAUGAAACAGGUUCCCCUGGAGAUUUUACGUUGGAAUGGGAUGCACCCAAUUCUCAGGACAUUGUAUUACUAAGGAAAUAUGGUAAUGGUGAAGAAAUUGCUAUUUCAGCUUUACUUGGAACACUUGACUUUACACAAGAAACUACAAGGGUCGUGAAUAUGAAGGUGUGCAUAAAAAAGCCUGGCUUAAGUUCUCUUUUGCAGUUUAACUGUGAAGUUACGAAUAAAAGUUACACUGGCCCUGAUUUCAAGAUCAGUUCUGCAAGUUAUUUCAAAUCACUAAGCUCUACAGGUCCUAGAUAUUACACAUCCCCUAUGUUCAGUGAUUUGGACCCUCUUCUUCAAAAUGCAUUCAAAGACUAUUUGAAAACCAGAGGAAUCGGUGAGAACGUUUUGAACUUUCUGCUGGUACACUUGCGCAAAAAGGAGGAAAAUCAGUAUGUGAAUUGGCUUCAGAACCUUCUGGGAAUGGUAUCUCAAGGUGAUAAAUGAUACAUUCAAACCAAAGGCAAGCCGAGAGCGAUCUAGUCACAUUGUUCCAUUCCCAUCUCUUCUUUUCAUUCAGGUCGAAGCCAGCACAGGUUGAACAUUGCAGGCAUGUUUUUGGAGACCUGGUUUAUCCCCAUUGUAGACUAGUCAUGCUUUGUUGUAGAACAUGUAUUAGUUGACACGCCACGUUUUAUGAAGCUUCAAAGGAGACUAGAAUUCCCAAGAAUUUUUCUAUUCAAGCAGGCUGAACUUGUCUGUUUGGUUUUAAUGGAAGUUGUUGACAUGUUUUUUUUAUUUGAAUCGGCUCAUUAAACAACCAUAGAAAAAUAUGGUAACCGUCAUGGUUGCGGGAACGGAUAUGGUGAUGUAAUGCGGUUGUCGUACCGUCAAAUAUUGACCUAAACUAUGAAAUAUUGCUUGGAACGGCCUAAAAUGCGUUUUUUUUUACACCUAUACGGAUAGUUUUGGUUCGAU